AUGAGAACUAGAAACUCCAGCAAACAAGCCACGAAAAAGGCUCCUACCCCACCACCCUCCGAGUCCGAUCCACAAUCCGUUCUGCAACCCGCUUCGCCCGCGGCUCCGUGCUACCUCCCCUUCAUCUCGCGGCGCCCCCUGGGCGGGAGUGAAGAAAUCAAAGUACCAGACCGUAGACCGUACACGCACUUGCAACUCUGUACACACCUCAACAUCCAAGAGAACCUUCUAAAGCGCCUCUUGGACUUCAUCGCUAGGUACCUCCCGGACCGCCGCGUGCGCACACUGCACAAAGAGGGUAUAUGCGAGGCUCUUCGCAAGAUCGAGUUCCCGUCAGAUUUCGGCACCAUCGUGGACAACCCAAAGUACAACAAAGAGCACGUUGGCUUCCUCUUAUGGAAGGCCUAUAUCUUUGCCAGAGAAAGACGUACUACGAGCAACAGAAGAAAGGCCCAAUAUGCCCGCGAGAAGAGAAAGAAGAAUGGGGCUGUGAUUCUCCUCAAGAACUAG